AGUCCCGCUCGAAUCGUCGGUCACAAAUAUACCACUAUUUACGAGUUGACCUUUAACCCCAGUGAUAGUGGUGGACGUGGAUGAAAUGUUUUGAUCCGGUUACAAUUUUCGCUUUAAAGGUCCUUUCACGAAGGCACCAUGUUCACAUUGCUGCACGGUCUGUGGAAGUACCUGUUCCAGAGGGAUGAAUACUGUAUACUCAUCUUGGGUCUUGAUAAUGCUGGCAAGACGACAUUUCUAGAGCAAACCAAGAUCCAGUUCACAAGAAACUACAAAGGCAUGAACCUAAACAAGAUCACAAGCACAGUGGGACUCAAUGUUGGGAAGAUUGACGUGGGUUCAGUCCGGCUGAUGUUCUGGGAUCUGGGUGGACAGGAGGAGCUGCAGUCCCUCUGGGAUAAGUACUAUGCAGAGUCACAUGGUGUCAUUUACAUGAUAGACUCUGAUGACAGGGAAAGGUUACCAGAAUCCAAAUUGGCUUUUGACAAGAUGCUCGGUAGUGAAUCAUUGGAAGGUGUACCUCUUCUCGUAGUGGGCAACAAACAAGAUAUUGAGAACUGCAUGACAGUUGCAGAUAUAAAAGAUGUUUUCAAUGAGAGCGCACCUCGAAUAGGCAAGCGGGACUGUCUGGUACAGCCAGUGUCAGCUCUGCAAGGGACUGGGAUUAAUGAGAGCAUUGAGUGGAUCGUACAGUGUGUUAAGAGGAAUAUUCACAGGCCUCCCAAACGGAGUGACAUCACCUGACACUUCUGCUGCCCUACACACUUGUACAAAAUGAGUCCUGAUGAGGCCAGCACUAUUUACUGCUCCCUUGACUUGAUGCAGUCCUCCAGGCACUCAGUAUGUGACAUUAUAAACAUGUCAACUUCUCUAUUACACUGAUGACAUCAGGAUGACAUGUAUAUAUGUUGUUGGGCAGUGUCAGCUGUAUGAACUGCAAUCCGACAAAGUAUUGAUUUGGGGAUUCUUAUAAUUUUGAGAUUUGAUUACCAAGUCGUUGUUAUUUCCUCUAAAAACACUACAGGGCUAUUGAAAUCAUUUUUAUGAAAAUCAUAUUAUUGGAAGAUACAAGCUUCUCUUCAUCAAGAAAGAAGUUUAAAGAAUAUAUAAGAGUCAUUAUGUGCCAAGGUCUCAAGCUCUCAUAUAUUUUGUUCUGCUAUAUUAAUGUAGCAUAAAUUCAUAUUCUACCAUGCUAUCCACCUUGGAGUUAAAAUAGACAUGCAUGUACAUGUGUACCUUUGUACUAAGGUCCGUCAAACUUAUUGUGUUGUAGUAUAUUGUAUUGGUUUGUUCAUGGGAGGAAGCCCAGCAUUUGAAAAAAAAAAGUGAAAUGUUUAUACACAUAUUACAAGUUGCAUAUGGAAUAGUGACGCCUUUAUUGCUAUCUAGUCUUACCAGAUAUGGGAGGAGAAGCUUCCACAAUGAAGAGAAAAUACAAAUCAAUAUAUGAAGCAUACUGAAGCACAAAUAGAAACAUGACUCAGUGUGAAAGAGAAAUAUAGUAAUACAAUUGAUUUCCAUUUUGCCAUACAUUCUGUACAUAUACAGCACAUAGGUCCGUAGUUAAUUGUGCAGUGCCAGCCUCUACUUUGUAUUGAAUGUUUCCAGUUCCAUAACAAAGAUAAGUCUGAAGAGGAAAAGAAAAGUCUACAUAUAUAUGAUGUGUUUCCUCUUUGGUUGCACACUGUUUAACUGUAAAUAAAGAAAUUCUGUUGUCA